AUGUCCAUGAAUAGGAGUGCCUGCGUAGAGCAAAAACUUGGAGAGCUAGCAGAAUCAAUUCAAAAUUUUAAGAAAGUUCUCGAAUUUGAUGAAAAAGUUUUAAAGUUGAGCAAGAAUUUUAAAUGUGCAUACAAGUGUCUGGGAGAUUGUUUCUCUCUACUCUAUCACUUUCCACCAACUCAUAUUAGGAUAAAACUACCAAGAAGUUUUACAUCACGUGAUGGUGAUGACGACGACGACGAUGGUGGUGGUGGUGUCGAAGUCACUGAAGAAGCUGGCUUGUACACUGAUGAUAAGCUGUUCUUGCUGGAGCUAGCUGAGAGGUGUUACUGCAGUUGUUUAAAGUUAAAUUCUGAAGCUUCUGACGUCUGGUACAGCUUGGCCUGUAGUUAUUAUUAUCAGAACGCUGGGGCAUGGUCGAACCUUGGCUUUCUCUAUCUCAUUAAUGACAAAAUUGAGCUUGCCCAUGAAGCAUUUAAGAAUGCUCAGUCCAUUGAGCCGUCGUUUGCCAACAGCUGGAUUGGACAAGCCCUGAUAGCAGAGAGGCUAAAAGACAAUUUAACCGUCAGUCAUUUGGAAUCCAUGGAUUUAUUCAGGCAUUCGGUUCAGAUAGAUAAUCAUCCUGAAGCCGCCCUAAGCUAUGCUCAUUGGGUUUGCUCAACAUUGGAUGAGUGUAACAACAUCAACAACAAUAAUAAUAAUAAUCAUAAUAAUAAUAAUAACAUAGAUACAAAAUGGCUUCUGUAUACAUUCGAGCAUCUGAAAGCUGUCGAUGCUGCCCUUGAUUCUAUGACAAAAUAUUUAGAGGAGAGGCCAGAUGAUUAUGUUGGUUGGAAUUAUUUUGGACUUCUGUGCGAGAGGAAGAAUCUAUUGAUCACCUCAUGUAAAGCCUUUGAGAGGAGUCUGGAGAUGAUGAACGAGAGAGAUGUUGAUGACGGAGGAGAGAGUGUGAGAAUUGUCAGAACUAAUUAUGCCAGGCUUCUGUGCAAAACAGGCCAGUUCGAAUUAUCUCUACAACAUUAUAACGGUCUCAAGGACGCGAAGCAACAGCGAGAACAACGUCAUAAUAAUGGUGAAGCUGCUGCUUCUGCUGUCGACGACGACAGACACGCCAUUGUGACGUUAUGUCUGCAUGCUUUAUGCCUCUACAAGAAUGGCCAAUACGAUGAAGCUAUGAUUGAAUACCUGAGGGCCAAAGAACUGGUGAAAGAUUUAAGGAUGGAGGAUUUGAUUAGCGUGGCAAUGGGCAUCGUUUGUUAUGCCAUGGGAGACAAUGACCAUUCGCAGCAUUUUUUAUUGGCGAGUAUUGGCGCCAAAAGGAUUCCAUCUAUAGAGAAUUUACGAUCGCUAUUAUGUUUGAGUGUUCUGAUUGGCCAGCCAAUCCUGACGAAGGCCGUUCUUUCUGAAAUGUCAAAGUUCAAAGGUCAGAUCGUUGCCGACGCUACGCUCUGCUGGCUGCUGUGUGAAGCUACUGUUGUAGUUAAUAAAUCUCAAGAUGAAGGUCGUCUUCCUUUCGUCUGUGACCUCCUGCGUGCCAUUCACCUUCAUCCGGAAAAAUCAGAGGGCUGGGCUAGGUCGGCCAUGUUUCUUUUACAAGGUCACAUGACUGAUGACGUAAUGAGGAAUGUGCAGAGAUUCUGUGAGGUUGCCCUAAGUAACGGCGACAAAAAUUACAGCAUGGUGGCGCUGCAGUGUUUGGUGAUGACGUCAUUGUUAAAACCAUCGAAAAACAACAAAUUAACAUCAUCGUCGUCGUCGGCAACAAAAACAUCAACAACAUCGUCAUCUUUCUCCCUCUCUUCAUUUCGCCUAGCUCAAAAGCUAGUACACAUGUAUCCGGCAGAUAGCAUUACAAACUGGAGUCUGCUAAUGCAUUCUUGCCAGAAACAACUAAACAACAACAACAACAACGUAAACAACAACAACAACAAAGUAAACAACGACGAUGACGUCAUUGGAAAUGAUGGUGGUCAGUGGCUAAAGUCGUUCCUCGAACGACACACCGACCACUUAAUAGCGCUUGUGGAAAGUGUGUUAAAGAUUGAUAAAAGUGAUAAACUAUUAAGCAAACUGCACGUAUGGCUGUCAAGAGUUCAUAUUAUCGCUACCUUACUCAAAAAUGACGUCACCCAGGCCAAAAAACUUUUAAAUAAUGCUCUGUGGUUAUAUGAAGAUGACGAGUUUUUACAAAAGUUAAACGAGCGGCUAUAAUUUUUUGGGUGAGAUUGUGAUGUUCAGUGAGAAAUUAGGUUAUAAUGAGGAUGAUGAAGACGAUAACAAAGACAAUGAUGAUGAUGAUGAAAAUGACGAUGAAGAUGAGAGUGAUGCUACUGUAGUCGGUGACGAUGGUGAUGUAAGCAUAUCAUCAUGGGCUAUCUGCAGUUCAUUUAUUACAGUUUAAAUUAAUUGAUUAAUUGAACUCAUUAAUUUUUAUUUAUUCCUUGCAAAAAUAUUGGAAGGCAAGAAGAUUGAAUUGAAUUUGUGCUUUAUGAUUUUGCUAUUUUCAGCUAUAGUUUCAUUUUAAUGAUUCUUACAAUGUACAUUGUCGGAGAAAUAAAAUAAAAAAAUGGUAU